AUGCAAACCCAUGCCUUCGCGUCCACAAGAACAAUCGCAUUUUGGUGUAGUUAUGAACAUCUAACUAGUCGGAUAAUCGUAAUUGUGUGUUGCCUGUUUUACGACUUUGACGAGAGGGUUCGUGAACGCGGCAUUGCUGUCGAUUCCCAUGAUGCAGUGCGGGGAACAGCCGGCGGGGACAUUCAAAACUAUGGCAGAAGACCCGAAUAUAUUUAAACCAACUUUAAACUCGGAAUAUGCCGACAAUAAGACGGUUUUUAAAACCGGUGAAAGUGAGGUGAAGAGACGCCUUUCGUUUACGUCGGAUAAAGCUAUCAGCAGCGUGGAGGAGCCGAAUGUGACGUGUGAAGUUUUAACGUUACUGAGUUUUACCGACGACUCAAAUUCAUGCGGAAAUUCUGCCGAGCAGCUCUCCCCGCAGGCCGUAAACACACUCUUAAAGGCGAAAAAUGGGGCUGAAUUGAAAGAGGCCACACCUGAACACCGACUAAAUACAAAACAGCAUCGUGUGAAGAGCAGCGAAGACAAGGAAAACACCGCCACAACCAUCACUCCAGACAACACUCAAGAACAAGGGACUUCUGGUCAGUCCAGUGUGCAAGAUUCCAAUGUGACUCCCAGUAAACAACACAAUAACACAGAGGCCAGUGAUGCUGAGGUGGUGAGAAGGGCACGGGAGGAGGGCCUUGUGAGCGUGGUCUUCCCCGGCACUGCAACUCAGGAAGGCUGCUGCCGCUUCGUCAGCGAGAUCCUCAAGUGCAUUCUCUAUCAGAGGCAGCAGCUACCCAUGACAUAUGACCAGCUGGUGUACUCGCAGAAGAAACAGCAAGCCUCAGUGCAGGAUAAAGACACAGUGAGUCGGAGGCCAGUGCAGUCUGCAGACAUGGACGGGCGCAAGUGUCAGCAGACCCUUCAGGAGCUGGAGGAGGUGCUGCAGCAGCUGGAGGUGCUGUUUUCCAUCAGCAGGGUGCCCCGCGUGUUACUGCUAAUGGGUGGCUCCCUCGUCCUCCCCAAAGAGAUCUACGAGAUCAACAUGGAGGCUCUGGUCGUGGCCAGUGGAGAUCAAUGUCUGCGGGUAUCCUCCUGCUUAAGGCAGCUCUUCCGCACACUCUUCGUAGCUGACCUUUUGUCCGACACCAAACCCGUUCGUUUAAUGUCCACCACGGUGUUGGUGCUGGCUCACCGGGAUUGUGGUGUGGGUUGGUUUCGCCCUAAACUACAAUUUAAAGUGCCAACCCGAGUAAAGAACCAAGUAAUUGCUCUGUCUACUGACCCCAGCACCUGUAAGGGACAGAGGGCAGAGGGUUCAGACUGGCAGGAUUAUGUGUGGUUUCAGGCACCCAUGGCUAUCAGGGGCUUCAGCAAGUGAGCCAGAAUGUUGGAAAGAGCGAGGUACAAAGAUUGGAGCGCAGUUUCUGGAGCCCAAAUACUAGAAUUACAUUUUAAUGCUUCAAAUGAAUUUUGAAUUCAACUGUCUACAUUUUAAUAAAUUAUGGGUUUCUUUUUUAUAUCUCUGACUAAAAAGUAAAAGUAUGCACAUUUAAACAAUGGUGGGUUUAAGGACACCAGCAGUGUGUUAUCUUUUCUGUAAUACCAAGGGAAUGUGUUCUUGAAGCUUUGUUGUCAUGUGAUUAAAUCUAAGGACAUUUUCUAUUAAUGUUUAUAUUUAUGAAGAAUGUUUUUGCAUUACAGAUCACUAACUUUUUAAAGACAAUAAACACAAAACACACAUAA